UCCAGGUGCCAAAAGAUAAGAUUGAUUGGACGAUGCGAAGGCAUGCAAAAGAAUUUUGCGAAGCGGUUCAGUAUGGCAGGCAGUUCAGAAUCCCGGAGAAAGAACGGGAGGAUUGGAUGCCUGUGGGCCGAUCAGGUGAUGAGCUCUUUUGCUACCAGAUGAACGCUCGCAAAGACGGAAGUUUGUUCAACAACAUGUUCUAUAUGAAGGUGAUCGAGUUGAGUUCCACCUUGGGGCAAGAGCUUCCCUACAUCGUGGGCUUGCAGACCGAGCUUCCUUUUGGCAAGCGCGACCUCGCACAGUUGGCCAAGAACACCAAGGUUCUGGACAGCAACAUGAAUAAAGUCACCAGCGCUCUUGCGCAGCUCUUUUUCGUGGCCACCUCUAUGACACGUGACGAUGCCGGGGUGGAGCUGAACGACGGUUACGAAGACGAACCCGAACUCAGCUGAGCUGCGCGGGCGCCCGAAUGUCCUCGCCCUGUUGUACUGAGACAAAAAAGGACUCAGGGAGCAGGCGAUGACUGCGAGAUUUUUGUAAGCGACCCUAACCAGGCAGUUGGACCUUUCAAAACAGCAAAG